UGCCUACCACACCGCGUUGGAUGGGGUCUCCGUUCAUAAAAUAAUUCCCAUUCUGUGAACGGAGAAAAGUUCUAUAGACCACUUGGUCACAUUCAGCCAUCCAUCCAUUCACUAACCACCAGAGAGCUGAUUGUCUACGUAUCUGCAUCCACCUACCUACCUGCCUGCUUCUCGUGGUGUGGUGUGGCUACUGUAUGCGCUGGUGCUCAUUGUCUCAUUCGGCUCAGGUUGGUUUGCUGGCUGGCUAGUCGGUGGGUGAUGUGGGCAAAAGGCACUUUAUGUCUGUCUGGAGAAAAGGUCUGAAACCAACCACCAGUUGAUCUGCUCCUUUGGAGAAUUGGGCUAUCUCUCAACUCUACUGGGACAAGAAGACAAGAGCGGAGAAAGUCAAGCCGACGAAGAAGAAGAAGAGGAGCUGGAAGGAAGGUAGGACUGGUGGUGGUGGUCGGGAAAGUGGCAAUGUCUACAUCCUCUCCUCCUCCUCCUUCGUCUUCAUCUCUGCUACUGCCUGGCGGUGAGGAGUGGGAUAUCGGGAGAGAGAAAGUGGUGGAAAGCGUCCGACAUGGAAAUAGAGCGUCGUAAUAUAAUAUCAGAAAGGAUCUGACAUGGAGCGAUAGGAAACGAUACAAGGACGCAUUUUCUUCUUCUCUCCACACUAACACCACCACCAUCACCAUCAUACCGCACACACACACGUAUACCCUCAUGCAGCCAACCACCAGCUUCUUCUUCAUCUCUGCUCGUUGGGUGCUGUGAAAGUGACACAGUUUUGAGUCUGGUUUGGCUUCGUAUAUUUAACUCGCGAGGAGUGAUCUCUUGCCCUCAUUCCCUCAUUGUAAAUAGAAUCGUGACUAGAGAGCGAGGCGCAUAGGAAACCAAACAACUUUACACGCGAGAACUGCUCCCACCGCCACAAUGUAGACAACUACGGCUGCCUUAAUAAAAAGUUUGCCACGACUUCAAUCGACCAUAAAAAUUGAACUUGAACUUUCACCUGUUUUCACUUUUUGGCACUUUUCCUGCUCCUCUGCUCUUGCUUCACUCUUGGCUGCACACACAACAAGACGACAAGCCUCCUCAUCAUCAAAUACUUUGUAGUGCUGCCCGAACUGGAGGAUUCAGCCAAGCAGCCAGCCUUCUCACUCCCGUUCUCACCGGAGAGCCAGUCCAGCAAGGAAUAUACAAGUAGGACCUUUCUCAAAUGUCUAUAAUUUCCCCAUCUCACUUCUUCUUACAGAGAUCAAAGUGUCCGAUCCAAUCAGUUCAGUAUUAAUAGACACACUUACUUCUCACUAACUCUCUUCGCUCACCCUGUUGCCAACUUUGCCCAAGUUUCCUGAGCCCUUAACACCACUGCUGUUCUGGAGUCUGCUGCACUCCAUUUUCCACGGCUUCCGCUCCAUGCAACCAUCUCCCACCAUCUUAAAUGCUGGCGUCUUAAUUAAACUUGGACACAAAUAAAUUGAUCUCAUUUGUUUCUCUAUCGGUGGUAUGCAAAAGGAGGAAGAUAUGCCGAGGAAGAUAUGCCAGCCAAGUGGUCCACAGUUUCAAGUCGCAGGUGAAGUUGAGUAAAAUGAGAAUUGCUUGAGGAUAAAACCCCAACUGGGACCAACACACGGAGCGAACAGACCAAGUAAUUGUUGACCCAGAGACCAAGAAGUGAAAGAGCAGCAACCACAAUCAUAUCACAACUUUCCCCAUUGCUGCCAAACCCACGGUUGAAAUUUCUCAAGUUCUUUCACAUCACGACGAAUUCGAAGACAAAAAGUAAAGAGGAAUUCAUUCCGCCCCAUUACUUUCACUAUUACGACCCUAAACCAUUCCACCAGCCACCUUUGUUCCAUUUGUACGACCGACACACUCCCACCUUGUCAGCAGUGCGGAGAAGGAAGGAAAUCUCGACUCGACUAGUGCUAGCGACGACCCAUCAAAGUUUUGUUAAACGAACAAACGAACGGAAGGAGAAGACAGACGUGACCAACAACUUCAUUCCCAGCAGGGCACUAAAUAUAUAGUAUGCACUGUUGCUCCUUCCUGCCUCACUUGGACUCGUGUUCCAUGUGCCAAAUAUGCAGUAGGAGGGUGGGCUUUUUGCGAAUUAAGUGUUCUGAUUUAAUGGUGGGUGAGUGUACAUAAUGGACAAAUACGAGAUAUGGACGUAUAAUCAAAUGUUCACCUCACGAUUGCAAUAAUUGUUGCUUUCAUGCUGCAGAGUCAAUUGUUACAAUUACUUUGGCAGAAAGAAUGACUUAGAACAUACACUUGAGACUAUUUUAUACAUUUAAUUAAUGAGUGCUGCUUACUUACCCUGUGCACUUGAAUAGUUACAAAACUCUGGCCCACACAUGGUGGGACUUUGUGAAGAAGCAAAGGAUUAGCAACAAAAAAUAAUCAUGGGAACGAAUUUCAACAGCAGAAGAAUGUCCUUGGCUGCAGCCCGAGCUUGCAGUGUGCUGCAAGACAAGGGGACCGACUACGACCAAGAAGAUAAUAUGAGAACGGCUGGGACAGGUAUUGGGACUGGUCCUGGGCCGGGUAUUAGAACAGAUUUUCGACGAUUGUCGCAGUUUUCCAAAGGCGGAAGUUACGGCUGUGGAUACAACCCGAGGUAUCUCUCAAGGGGAGGGACGCGACAUCCCCAUUCCUACUCUUUACAACAGAAUAUGACAGCCAUUUGCUUCGUGUGUAACUUGCCGAUCCUGUCACAUCAAGUUGGACUGGUCUGGAAGGGAGGAAAUGGAUUCGAUGAACUUGUUCGGGAACAAGAGCAGGAGGAAAUUCUCAGGGCAAGGCUUGGGAGACGUGAUUCUGCUGCUCAAAUUACCACCGAUAUUACCCCGUUGACGGUUCGCGAGACAUCGCCACCAACAUCUCGACGCCGUCGAAGUUCUUUAGCACAGUUAACGGAUAUUUUAAGAGAAUGGGGCAGUGGCGGCGGCCUUAGAAAACAGGACAAGUCGUUAUCCAGACGAGAAACUUUGGCGGACAUUAUCUUGGCAAGGUCACUACCAUGGUCGAGGCGUGAUUCGACAAUAAGUAGCUCAGCCACUGCAACACGGACCAAGAGGAGAGAAUCGUCCGCAGAUUUCAAUUUUGGAAUCAACAGAGGGAAACUGCCCACGAGGCCCUCCGUCGACAAACCCCUGCGUCGUGGCUCUGUGACAGCCAUUAAACGAAUCGUUACUUCACCAGAACCGUCGGAGCCAAUCGUGUCCCCCGCUGGGGAUCAGCCCAGUUCGAGUGAGAAGGUUAAAAAAGAGCUUCAACGACGUAACAGUCGACCAACUGUUGAGCGGACUUCACCAAAACCACAUCGCUUAAGACGACAAUCUACGGUGCUUGAUGAAUUCGGAACGAAGAGACGGGGAUCAAAAGCACAAGGCACGAUGCCGAAGAUUAGUGAGUUAUUAGACGGGGGACGGACGGAGGGACAGGAAAAAAAGUUUCGUGACGGAAAAAGAGUUUCUUUAACUGGAAGACCUGUCCAAGUCAAAGUACCUUUUCUUUCACCUGACGAUGGGACCAGUGAUGAGACUGCAUGGUCGAGGAAAGCCAGGAGGGACUCGUUAUCACCUGACUCUGCAGCAGAAGACGACCCACGCUUCAACCGACGCAGCAAAAGAAGACAAUCCCGAAGACAAUCAACUGUAAUAACUCAGGGCUCAGUAGUGAACGAGGAGAGGAGGGGGUCAAAAAAGUCUCCAGACUCAUCGUCAACAUGUUCAUCUCGGGAGCCGAGCCCCGUUACACCCAGACCACCAAAUUUGAGGAGACAAUCAACGACAGAAGUACAGGAAAUUUUAAUUGCUCGCGGCUUCCGGAGACAAUCUACAACGGAAGAAAUGAUUCGUUGCAGAAAUUUCAGAAGGCAGUCAACUCAGAGCGAAGAACUUACAAAAACGCGAGGUCGACGAGACUCCUGCGCCCAAAUUACGGACGGUACGAUUGCCACCAUGACCGUGGAAACCACGUGUGCGUUCUUUGACACCAGCACCCAAACAGAACAAUCAUCGUUAUACGACAACAAUCACUACCACGAAGAAUGUUUGCGGUGCAAUUCUUGUGGAAUCAACCUUUCUGGAAUUACUCAAAAGAGGGCUCGGCGCUUCAAGAACCAGAUUUUGUGUGAUCUGCACUUUGCAGACGUGGCUCUGAUGGAGUGUUCAGAUUUUAUGAACCAACUGCGAUCCUUCAAGCCACAAAGCUUAGGGUGUGCUGUGGCCAGACGGAAAUCUUCAACCACGCUCAUAUUUCCUCUUCCACCACAAAGUUGUUCAGAUGAAUUUUGUGAAGAAUACCCACAUCAAUUAAUUCCAACACCAGGCUAUUGGAUUGAAUGUUCCAGACAAAACCAAAACAGGGGAAAUCCAAAUGUUUGGGAUGAGCAAUCGGAAUCUGAUUUCCAAGAGAAAGAGGAGGAAGAUUCGAAGGAUGAUGAGGACGAGGUCGAUGACGAUGAUGAAGAAAAUGAAGACUUUGAUGGCAAUGAAGGUGCUCGAAAGAAGAAAAGAAAAAACCACGCAAACAUCCAAGUGUGUACAGAAGAAGACGAAGAUCGCCUCCCAAGAAUAUGUGAACCAACAAAAACAUCGAUUGAGGAGCAAUGGGAGAAAAAUGGCUGCUUCGAGCUGACUUCUGUGGAGCAAGAGACGUACGAGAAAUAUUUGUUUGGAACAGAACACUGGAAUUACUUCACAAACGACGAGGAUCUGGGACCUGUCAUCCUCUCUCUCAAACAGGAAACAUUAAACGGCAGAGACCAAUUCAGGAUAUUAGUAAGAGCGAUAAGCUACACUGUUCAUGGGCUCAUCCCUGCAUCGUGCGUUUUUGCGGAUCGAUAUAAUCGUGAGGAGGUUGUUCGCUCUCUUGGAAAAGAGAUUAACCUAAGUCCGCCCCUAACCUUAGGCCAGCUUCCCGAUACUCCGGAGGAAUUGCUCAAGCUUGACCAGGUGUUCAUAAAAUCCGAGCUCAAGGUUGGUGUCAUUUACGUGAAAGAGGGCCAAUAUACGGAGGAAGAGAUCCUGGAUAACAAUGACAAUAGUGCGUUAUUCGAAGAGUUUCUACAAAUCCUGGGAGAAAAGGUGCGACUAAAAGGAUUCGACAAGUACAAAGGAGGCUUGGACACUGUUCACGACUUGACAGGACUUUACUCUGUGUACACACAUUGGCGAGGGAUUGAGAUAAUGUUUCACGUUGGGACGCUUCUCCCCUAUGAGAAAAAUGAUCCCCAAAAGCUGCAAAGGAAACGGCACAUUGGCAAUGAUAUCGUGUGCGUGGUAUUUCUUGAAGGAGACAACACUCACUUUUCCCCAUCGUGUAUCAAGAGUCACUUUCUCCACACGUUCAUAGUUGUUCGUUGCAGUCCUCGGUCCAAGAGAAAACCAACGAGAUACGAAGUGUCGGUCAUUACGCGUGAUGAAGUUGGUGCUUACAAGCCAUACCUUUGGGAACAAUCUACAUUUCGGAAAUUGGAUCGGGGAGCCAUGUUUCGAGAGUGGAUGUUGACAAAGGUUGUCAACGGGGAAAGAGCAUCCUACUCAGCUCCAAAAUUUGCCCGUAUGCAGGAAAGGACGAGGUCACAAAUGCUAGAAGACAUUGUUGCCAAUUUACAAAACCAUGCAGAAACUGGACAAAUCCCAAAGCCAUACAGGCGUGGUUCCUGGCGUCCGAUAGGUCAUAUGAGACCGUCCAGCCCACUCCUUGACUCUGUUAGGGACCAGUUUGAAGCAGGAUACGACCAACUCGCCAAAGACUUUACGAAGUUCUUCCUCAACACGGAUGAGCCCACUCCGCUUUUUGACGUUGUCUUCCUGGUGGGACAAGGAAAGCAAAAAAGCAAGCUGUUUGGAGUGAGGGCAAUUCUCGGAGUUCGUUCCAGAGUGUUCCAAGAAAUGCUGUACGGCAUCUCCACGGGAUUUGGGUCUCCUCAAGUUCCUGUUGCUGAGCUCUUGGCAAGAGCUGUUCCAACUCUCAUGUCUCCGCAAAGACCAAAGUCAAAUUUCCUACAAGUCCCGGAUAUUGAAUCAACAAGACCUAAGAGCGUUCCUUCGUCCCCUAUGGUGAUGAGAGCCUUUUCUCGUCUUGGAAGUUUAACAGCCGGUUGGGGUCGAUCAGGGCGAAAGUCGAGCCAACAGCAGCAGUUGGCAGCGGAAGACAAGAAAAAGUGGAGUUCUUCACAGGACUGUUCUCAGGAGAAUAAGGACAAGGAGGCAGGAAAGGACAAACCCCAGUUGGCAGUGCCAAGACUCUCCGUUUGUGCUGAUGCUCAGAAAGUUGAUCGGACAAAGCUGGCUCAAACUGAGUUCAUGAUUAUUGAAUUUGAUCCGGAGACUUUCCGACUGCUCUUGGAUUAUUUGCAUACGGGAUCAUGCCCUCUGACAUGUGCCAACAUCCCAGGACUCAUUUGCGCUGCAGAACACUACGAUCUUCCCGAUCUACUUCAGGCCUGUUUCCAUCAUGCCAAGCAAUUUUUAAGAAUCGAAGUGGUGUGCCCGAUGCUGUGUUCUUUGGAGAAUUAUUACUGGAGAUACACCUCUGCUUCCGAACUCGUGAAUAUGAUUUUAGCAUUCGUGGAGACAAGAGCUUAUCAGCUUUUCGACUCUCCAGAUUUUCUCAGUCUUUCGGAAUCCAUGGUCCAAAUGGUUAUGAGUCGCAAUUUAGAGGUCGCUGAAAUCCGAAAGUUUGAAGCAAUGUUGGCGUGGGCUCGACAUAAAAUUCGAAGCCGUCCUUCAACAUCCAAAGUCGAUGCGAAAAUAGAAUUUAAGUGCACAAUGGAACGUUUAGCCAGAGAUCUCAAACUUUAUCGAAUCUCCCCUCAAGAUCUAAUAAAGAUUGUCCUUCCCAGCAAAGCCAUAAAGAAUGAGAGGAUCCUCGAAACACUUAUGUUUCAAGCAAAUUCGGGCAUGUACCGAAUUCAGGAUUCCUACAUUGAAGCUUGUCAGCAACGGAUUCAGAAGCAAGAUUCGCGAUUUUCCGAGUCUUUUGACUACGGUUUAUAACAAAUAUUGUGUUUUUUCGGGGAGAAGGAGAAGGGGCCCAGGUCGAGCUCUGGGUCUGGCUCGGGUGGUGGUGGUCCAACGACGAGGAGAAGCAGCAACAGCUUGACGGGGGGGACGCAGAGCGAGACUGAGCUGGACUUGGGCGGUGGGGGGAGCGACGUGGACAACAAUUUUGAGAACAACUUCACCCUUCGAAACCUUCUCCGCCGGACCCUCAAACGAGGCAGCAGCUCCGCCACCUCCACCACCGACGAGUCUUCAAACGCUGCCAGCAUUCUUCCUCCAAACGAGAGCAACUCUCAAACUGGCGAUGACGCUUAUAAUCGUAUUGCAAUUAUCGACGAGGAUAAAGUUACCAAAAAACCCUUAUUUUUCGUGUUGAUGUAAUAGCGUUGAGUUUCAGAAAGAGGUAUCUAUAGUGUGGAAAUGGGGGAAUUAUAUUGUGUGUGAGUGGGUGUGAUGAUAUAAAUAUGAAAUUAGAAAAAGAAUUAGGAAAAGUCAGGGAAGACACCAAAUGGACAUAAACAGGGAUAAAACGUUUUGAAAUUUAUCUCGCAAAAAAAUGCAUUCUGAAGAUGCUGAAAUACAAGAGAUUAUAAAUACAUAGUAGAUCAUGUUUUAUUUUUUAGAUGGUGAUGAACGAUGAACCCUUUGAAAUGGUGAAAGUUGUCUUGUCACUAUCGUAUUAACGUAAAAGUCAUGUCAGCCAUAAAAUGAUAAUAAUCGUAUCAAAGUAACGUCGUGUGUAUGUAAAUACAUAUUAUUGUUAGUCGAAGAUAUGUAUUAGUAUCAGACACAAGAAAUUAUUUUAUCAACAUAAACAAAAACAAUUUAUUAAAUGUGUGAUAUCAUAUGACCAAGCGAAUAUUGGAAUACAGCAACACUACGCUGACUGUUCUCCUUUACAUACAUAUGUAAUAUAUGUAUACAGAGAUAAAUGUACGUUCGUAUUUAGACUAAAUGUUUUAGAGAAAGUAAAAAAAAAGUUAGUUUUUACACAAAGAAGGUCAGGAAUUUUCAAAAUUAUUGACAGAGAUGAUAUUAUGAAGAUAGCGAAAGUAACAAUAAACGUACAAUGUAAACCAAGAAAGAAUACAUAUUAUUAUAUUUCACAAAGAUAGAAGAAAAUGACCAGCAGUUGCUUAUUACAGAACUGAAACAAUGUCAUAAAAGAUGAUCUGAAAACCAGACUACUAAAUAAUAUGUGUUCUCUAAAUACAAUGUGUACCUGUCUGUGGUAAAAAGGCUAAACUUGUAAAAUGUAGUAAUAGGUAGACUCUUUUAAAGAACGAGAAAUUAUAAAAAUCUUUUAUUAACAAUUUGAUUACCGGACAAUCAGUUGCAUGAGUUGUUGUACCGUUAAAAUUGAUAAAAUUCAUUUACUCCAGCACUCGCCAUCUACAUACAUACUUCUCUGUCCACUUUUCUUAUAUACCUGGUUAUGUGCUACAUUGUAUAUUUCAUUUUGUUGUGGAGAAAGUCAAUUACAUGCGAAAAGAAGCAAAGAACUGCUUCGAUUUUGACCAACACUAUCUCCAUGUUACGAUAAAUGAAUUGUUAUUAUGUUGGAUAACAGUCAGAGGUCGGAUUUUUGAGAAGAUCUCAAUCCCAACUUUCGCCAUGUUGUUGAGAAAUGGGUGAGAAUGAGAAUGAGAGCAAGAUUUUCGGAGCUACGGACAGUAUCGAUGAGAUUGCACGUCGCAUCAUCACAUUAAAGUAACCUCAAAAAUGUCACAUUAUUAUACAGGGUCAUUCGUUUGUGUAGUUAGUGUUUAAUAAAUGUAUGGUCGUUAAUAUGUGUAUAGAACGUGCUAUUUUAUGUGCUAUAAAAUUACAAAAAGACUAUUGAAAUGACGCAAACUUUGUGUGUAAAAACAAAACAAAGGAUGACAUUAAACCAUUUAAAUAUUCGAUUUAUGUCAAUAAAUAUGAAAACUGCAUGUCUACAUUACCCAUAUGAAUGUAAAGAAAUAAUAAAAUUCAAUAUUUUCGUGUUUAUGAAAUUA